AUGACUGAAGUACCCAUUGAAAAUGUCGAGAAACAGGAAGAGGAAGUUCUUACAGAUAAAAAUAUCAAGGACAAUAACUUAAUUAAUGAUGAUGAUGAUGAUGAUGAGUAUCUUUAUAAGGAGUUUUUACUUGAGUCUAAUAUUCGAUUGGCAAGAGAGCAAGAGAGAGAAAGAAUAUUGAAAGAGAUGCAUCAAGCAGAUGAAGAAUAUCGACUUUUCAGGGAAGAGACGAGAAACCUUUUUUCACCCAUUCGCCAAGGUUUUGAUGAGGAAAGAGACGAAGAUCUUGUUGGCAGCGAAGCACUUCGAGUUCCUCUGAGACAAGUGAUGGAGAAUGGUACACUACGAGCGCAAUUGCAAGUAAUGGAUGAAAUUCUUCAAGAUCUUAGGAAUGACGAAGAAAAUAUGCUUCAUCGAAAUGGAAAUGGAAAUGGAAAUCAAAAUCGUAAUCGUGAUGGUAAUGCAAAUUUCAAUGGUAAUAAUAACAACAAUAAUGCUGUCCCCAACGGUAAUAAUAAUAAUAAUAAUGCUGGAUUUAUCAUCAUACGAUUUGCUAGAGCAGUGUUUACGUUUAAUCGAUACAUGAUGAUGAUGUUACUCCCCCUUUUCACGUAUAAUAUUUUUCAAGCUGGGUUUGGUAGUGUAGCAUUUUCACAAGAUGAUCUCAUUAGGGAAAUUCUUGGUUACUUGGCAAUUGCUAAUGCGGAAUAUAUUCUAGAUCUUGGUGGUGGAGGUACUAGAAUGGCGAAUGCUAGAAAUGCUGUAGCGGGUGCAAUGAAUAAUGCUACUAAUGUCAGUAGCAUUAGUAACGCGGCUAAUUACACGGAAGUCAUACAAUCUUAUAUACUGGUCGAUUUACGAGGAGGGUUAUCUUUACUAGAGAAAUUCCAUAAUAUUGUUGUCUAUUAUUCCAGUCCGGUUAAGAUGUUACUUGAAGGCAAAAUAUCCUCCAUCGCAGCAGGGAACUACAACUUCUUCACACAACGUAUGUGGAUAUUAAUGUACUCGAUAUAUGUGACCUUGGUCAAGUUUACGACAACGACAAUAUAUUUAGUUUAUGGAUUUGUCGGGACCGGACUCUACUUUCUUUUGGGAUGUUUCUUCUCAACAGCGCUGAUUUUAACCCUAUGGCGCCGGUACAGAACCAUGCUCAGGGUCAUGGCCCACAAUGUAGGGCUGCCGGUGUUGUGA